CAGCCUCGAGUUGGUGUCAGCUGCUUGUAGUUUUGCGAUUUCAUUUUCAUUGCAAUUAUAAUUUGGUAAAAUAAUAAUUAAGUAAAAAUUAAUAGCGCAUCGAAAAAUGCCGAACGAUAAUGGGGACAGUACAAAUGCAGAUAACAAUGACAAGCAUGAGUUGCUGCAGCAAGCCGAAGCGGUAGCAAAGUCUUCUGAAGAAUUGCUUGCAGGCGCCAUAGCCGGCUUGAAAAUGGCAUCUCAGCCAGGGUCAGCCACAACUGAAAGCAAUGACAUCGAGUCAGCGGAUAAAGUGGAGCAGGCCAAAAAUAGUGCUAAUGCUGCAUCAGAUCUGAGCAAGCAAGCGCUUAUACAAGCGGUAACCGAGGCCGUAGCCAACAGCCGUCAACAGGCCAAAAAAUAUACAUUCUGGUCCACACAGCCGGUGAUGAAGCCUAACGAGCAAGUCAUCGAAAGCGAGUGUAUUGAGCCAAAUAAGGAUAUCUCAGAGAUACGUGCCGAGCCUUAUACCUUGCCCAGCGGCUUCAAGUGGGAUACGCUCAACCUUAACGAUGAGAAAAGCCUGAAGGAGCUCUAUAUGCUGCUUAACGAAAACUACGUGGAGGAUGAUGACUCAAUGUUCCGUUUCGACUACCAACCCGAGUUUUUGAAAUGGUCACUGCAGCCUCCCGGCUGGAAACGUGACUGGCAUGUGGGUGUGCGUGUUGAGAAAUCUGGUAAAUUGGUUGGGUUUAUAUCAGCCAUACCCAGUAAACUGCGCGCUUAUGAUAAGGUGCUCAAGGUGGUGGAUAUUAAUUUCUUAUGCGUGCACAAGAAGCUGCGUAGUAAGCGCGUUGCUCCGGUGCUCAUUCGUGAGAUAACACGACGUGUUAAUCUGACAGGUAUUUUCCAGGCGGCCUACACUGCGGGUGUUGUAUUGCCUACGCCAGUGUCCACCUGCCGCUAUUGGCAUCGCUCACUGAAUCCCAAGAAAUUGGUGGAGGUGCGCUUCUCUCAUUUGGCACGCAACAUGACCAUGCAACGUACAGUAAAGCUGUUUAAACUGCCCGAUCAGCCCAAGACAAAGGGCUACCGUCGUAUUACGCCAAAGGAUAUGGACAAGGCACACAAACUACUCGAGGGGUAUCUGAAAAGAUUCAAUUUGUGCCCCGUGUUCAGCAAGGAGGAGUUCCGUCAUUGGUUUACGCCAAGGGAGGGUAUCAUCGACUGCUUUAUAGUGGUUGAUGAUGCUGGCAACAUUACGGAUAUGACCAGCUACUAUUGUCUGCCUUCGUCCGUAAUGCAUCAUCCUGUGCACAAGACUGUGCGCGCCGCCUAUUCAUUCUAUAACGUGAGCACACAAACGCCAUUGCUGGAGCUGAUGAACGAUGCUUUGAUCUCGGCGCGUAACGUUCAAAUGGAUGUAUAUAAUGCGCUGGAUCUGAUGGAGAACAAAGAGUUCUUUGUGCCAUUGAAAUUUGGAGCCGGCGAUGGCAAUCUGCAGUACUAUUUAUACAAUUGGCGUUGCCCGGCGAUGCAGCCCGAGGAUAUUGCAUUGAUACUCAUGUAGGGCUGGUCCGUGUUCGGCUGUAGUCCUACCAAGAACCAAAACCCAAAACAAACAUUUACUUUUACACGCAAAACCCUUUUAUCACAUUCGCCUAAUUCACGUUGUUCUUUGCCCGUACCACGAACAGCUCUCAAAGUCAAACUUUGUACUUUUGUAACUGCGAUUGUUCAGCUGCGGGCGCUCUGCUUGAACUUUAGCCUCUUAUUAUUCCUCGUUUAACGAAUUCUGUGUGUAAUGUAUAACAUGGAAUGCAUUUCUAUUGCAAUUGCAAAGCUUGAAUAUUGUAAAAAGAAUAAAAAUUGAAUAAAUACGCGCAUUAGCCAUUGAAA